AUGUCUUGGGUGGACAUGCCAACAAAGAUCUCUGCCAUUGUGCCGCUUUUGACCCAGGUCGAAGGCAUCGCGUUCAAAUAUGGUCCUUGUGCAUUUGUCAGCAGGGAGGAGUAUGAGUUCUGUUGCUGUGAGGUUCCCAAGAACACGGCGUGCUGGAACCACGAGUCCCACACGCAGUGGCAGGAUUGCUGCGAGAAUGACUUCCAGGAAAAAUGCCCACCGGGCUCCCGCGUCUUCCAGCGCCUGCAGCCGCGAACGGAGGUGGCGCGGGCCGGAAUUCAGGAUACCUUGGCAGUAUAUCAGUUCGGCGAUUUGCGGACCACGAUUCAGGAGAUCGUGAAUUGUGAGCAUGGGGUGCAUUGGGCUACAUGGAAGAUGCUUUCGGUUCUGCUGCAACGCCACGAGGUUGAGACGCUGCACGAGACGGCGAAGCUGGAUACACAGUUGACGGCAGUGGCCACCCACGUAGUAAGCAGUUUCAACGUGAGCUCACUGGGUGAGCAGCCCGAGGACACCGAAUGUGCAUUCUGCGCUUAUUUCGGGCACGAGUGGUUGGACACGGUUUCCAGGUUCGGCAUAAAAGAGCAGACAUGGCUCAAAGAUCCCCGUGAGAUUUUUUGCGUGCUGGGCUAUGUCUCAGCUGCCUUCGUUGUCGCCGUGACGACCGACGUUCGCAGCCUCUUGCCAGAUGCAUUGAGGCUCUUUGCCGGCAACCAGGACUUGGAUAUAUCGUCAUCCUCGAUCUGGCCGAUCAGCUACUGGGAUCUCGCGCUGAACCUCGGCCGGGGCCGCCCGCGUCAGAUGCGGACACUUGCAGCCGAUGAGCGGGCUGUCGCAAAGUUUCCGGAGCUCCUCCUUUAUCCAGGCCCGGGUUCGGGCAUGUUUGGGGUUUGCUUGAUUGUCGGGGUUGCAGCGCUCCGGGUUGAAAAGGUGUCCUUGUGCUAA